AUGGCUGCAAGACGUAAAUUAGACGUUAUUGUUCCUGCCGAGGAAAGUGACCAGCUGCAUAUUCGACCACUGGGCGCUGGGCAGGAGGUUGGGAGAUCCUGUAUAAUUCUGGAGUUUAAAGGAAGAAAAAUAAUGCUGGACUGUGGGAUUCAUCCUGGUUUGGAAGGAAUGGAUGCCCUUCCAUACAUUGAUCUGAUAGACCCAGCAGAGAUAGACCUGCUUUUAAUCAGCCAUUUCCACUUGGAUCAUUGUGGAGCUCUGCCCUGGUUCCUCCAGAAGACCAGUUUUAAAGGCCGAACCUUCAUGACUCAUGCUACUAAAGCCAUCUACCGUUGGCUGUUGUCAGAUUAUGUCAAAGUCAGUAACAUUUCAGCUGAUGACAUGCUGUACACGGAGACAGAUCUGGAGGAGAGUAUGGACAAGAUUGAAACAAUCAACUUCCAUGAGGUCAAGGAGGUGGCAGGAAUUAAGUUCUGGUGUUACCAUGCCGGUCACGUGUUAGGAGCAGCCAUGUUCAUGAUCGAGAUCGCAGGAGUCAAGUUGCUGUAUACUGGAGAUUUCUCACGCCAAGAGGAUAGACAUCUAAUGGCUGCUGAAAUUCCGAGUGUCAAGCCUGACAUCCUCAUUAUAGAGUCCACCUAUGGCACACACAUUCACGAGAAAAGAGAAGAACGAGAGGCACGCUUCUGUAACACUGUCCAUGACAUCGUGAACCGGGAGGGCCGCUGUCUCAUCCCAGUCUUUGCUUUAGGACGGGCCCAGGAGCUGCUGCUUAUUCUUGAUGAAUACUGGCAGAACCACCCCGAGCUUCAUGACAUCCCCAUCUACUAUGCCUCAUCUCUGGCCAAGAAGUGCAUGGCAGUGUACCAGACCUAUGUCAAUGCGAUGAACGACAAGAUCCGCAAGGCCAUUAACAUUAACAACCCUUUUGUUUUUAAACACAUCAGCAACCUCAAAAGUAUGGACCACUUUGACGACAUUGGCCCCAGCGUGGUGAUGGCAUCUCCAGGAAUGAUGCAAAGUGGAUUGUCCCGAGAACUGUUUGAGAGCUGGUGCACAGAUAAAAGAAAUGGGGUUAUCAUCGCAGGUUACUGUGUUGAGGGGACACUUGCUAAGCACAUUAUGUCAGAGCCCGAGGAGAUCACAACCAUGUCGGGACAAAAGCUGCAGCUAAAGAUGUCUGUGGACUACAUCUCCUUUUCUGCCCACACAGACUACCAGCAGACCAGCGAGUUCAUCAGAGCUCUCAAACCCCCACAUGUGAUUCUGGUGCACGGGGAACAGAAUGAGAUGGCUCGGCUUAAGGCAGCUCUUAUCAGAGAGUAUGAAGACAAUGACCAAGUGCACAUUGAAGUCCACAACCCCCGCAACACAGAGGCCGUCACACUCAACUUCAGAGGAGAGAAAUUAGCCAAGGUGAUGGGCUCUUUGGCGGAUCAGAAGUGUGUGCAGGGACAGAGAGUCGCAGGAAUCCUGGUGAAGAAGAACUUCAACUAUCACAUCCUGAACCCCUCUGAUCUUUCCACAUAUACAGAGCUGACAGUGAGCACAGUGAAACAGAGCCAGGCUAUCCCCUUCACUGGCCCAUACUCCCUCCUCGUGUGUCACCUCCGGAACCUCACUGGGGACAUAGAAGAGCUGGAGGGGACAGAGAAGAACACUCUAAAAAUCUUUAAAAGCAUCACUUUGGUUCAUGAAGCAGGGAUGGUGUUACUUGAGUGGAUAGCAAACCCUCUGAAUGAUAUGUAUGCUGACGUGGUCACAACAGUGGUGCUGGAGGUCCAGUCCAAUCCAAAGGCUCAAAGGGUAAUGGAAACCCAGAGUAACAUUAUGGACUUGGAUGUAUUCCAGGCUCGACUUGAAGUGAUGCUGCAGGACAUGUUUGGAGAGGACUGUGUGGCUUUCAUUGAUGGUAAAACUAUUGCAGUAACAGUUGACAGGAGGGUUGUCCACGUCUGUGUGGAGACCAGGACGGUGGUGUGUGAAGACAAUGGCUAUGAAGACGACUCUUUAAGAGAAAUGGUUGAGUUGGCCAUGCAGCGGCUCUAUGAUGCACUCAACCCCGUCAUCUGAAGCCAGUUUACAAUAUAAUUUAUGUAUUUAUUUAAUUAUUUGUAGUGAUUUUACCCUGUCUUUGUAAUUUGACAUUUUGAUAACUCUAUUUGGAGACAAAAUAAAUGUUUUGCUUUC